CGUCUUGUGUUAGGCGCAUCACGAGCAGGCAGCCGCCGGCCACAGGCCUCCACCGCGGCAGACGGCGACGAGCUGCCCCCCUACGAGUCCCCAGAGUUUCCUCUCGAUGCUGCGGGGCAGAAGCAGCUCAGCGACCUCGCGAACGGCCAGCUCAAUACCAAGCUCAACACGCACGCCAAGAGGUCGGCCGAGCUUCUCGCAUCCACCGUGUGGGCGAUCAACGACGGUGUGACGAGCCAGAGGAAACAGGUCGCUCAAGCGCGGGCGCGAUACGCGCGGCGGCGCAGGCGGGCCAACGGCGAGAGUCACGAUGACGAAGACGACGAAGACGAUGCCCAGGUCGACGAGCUGGACAGGGUGGUCGCGCCACUGACGCUGGAAGUGGAGGAGGCGAUGAGGGAGGUCCUGGACAUACAGGCCGCGCUGCAGGACGAGAAGGAGGUCUUGGGUAAUCUACCUGAGCUAGUGUUCUCGGCACAAGAAGCGAGGGCCCAAGAAGUACAGGAGGCCGAGGACGCUCAAGAGCCCGAGGUACGCGUCGCGUCUCUCGUUGAGCUCUACGAGCUCGAACGCCGCAGGAAGGCGGACGAAUACGAAAAACUGGGCGCGUACGCCAAGUACGCGAGCAAUAACGCGUACAUCGACUUCAAGCGGCAAUGGCAUGAGGGCUUGUAUGCUGAUGACGAUAUUCCCGUGCCGAAUCCACACACGUGGUUCGAGGGAGACGGACGGCCACAUGUCGGUCUGGAUCUAGGUGGGCAACAGGACGACUCUGAUGCCGACAUUAAGAUUGCGAGGGAGAAGAGGAGCUUCAGGUGCCCCCUGUCACUGGUGACCAUGUCGGAGCCUUACACAUGUCGGAAAUGCAACCACUCGUUCCAGAAGGAAGCAAUCAUGUCCUUCAUCAAAGGUGGUAAUCGCAGGGGUAUCUCGAAACCCUGCCCAGAGACGGGAUGCUCCAUUACGUUGGACGAUCUUUACUACGACGAGCCACUGUUGCGGAAGAUCAAGCGCGCUGCCGAAAUGGAAAGAGAAGAUGAG